UCGGCAGUUCCUCCCAGUGUGGUUGAGUUCGCAAUGUCCGGACGCGGGAAGCAGGGCGGCAAGGCGCGCGCCAAGGCCAAGACGCGCUCGUCGCGGGCGGGUCUGCAGUUCCCGGUGGGCCGCGUGCACCGCCUGCUCCGCAAGGGCAACUACUCGGAGCGGGUCGGGGCCGGCGCGCCCGUGUACCUGGCGGCCGUGCUCGAGUACCUGACGGCCGAGAUCCUGGAGCUGGCGGGCAACGCGGCGCGCGACAACAAGAAGACGCGCAUCAUCCCGCGCCACCUGCAGCUGGCCAUCCGCAACGACGAGGAGCUCAACAAGCUGCUGGGCCGCGUCACCAUCGCGCAGGGCGGCGUGCUGCCCAACAUCCAGGCCGUGCUGCUGCCCAAGAAGACCGAGAGCCACCACAAAACCAAAUAAGGAGGAGCAAGGUUAGGG